AUGGCGUCGGUGACGUCGCUGGACAACGACCUGCGCAGGCUGCGCCUGGAAAAGUACACGCCUGCAGCUGCCAACGAAGCCAAGCAAUGGAUUGAGAGCGUGCUAGGCACCCGCCUUCCUGGCAAUGACCUGCUCGACGGCCUGAAGGAUGGCGUGGCCCUGUGCAAGCUGGUUAAUCUCGCCAUUGGACCUCCUGGCGUCAAGUUUAAGCAGUCGAAUAUGCCCUUCGUCCAGAUGGAGAACAUCUCGCAGUUCCUGCGUGCCUGCCAGCUCCCGCCCCUGAGCCUGCAGCAGCACGACAUGUUCUUGACCGUCGAUCUGUACGAGCGAAAGGACCCUGCCCAAGUUCUGCAGUGCAUUGGCGCCUUCAGUCGGGCCGCCAAUGCCAUUAAUCCGACGGCGUUCCCUACCGUGAUCGGCCCCAAGAGCUCUCGCGCCGGCCUCGUGAGCCCCCAGUCUACCGGCUCGGUUGCUGCUCCGAUUGGGUCCACAGCCGGAUCGCGCACCCGUGAUGUCUCCGGAUCUAGCAGCGCAUCCAAUCUCUACGCCAAGUCGUCUCUUGCCUCGUCCAAAACCGGCGAUUCCGGCUCAGGCCGGCCGCGGAGUCCUGGAAAGUUUGGGACAAGCCCCCCGCCGCCCGUCAGCACCUGGAGCAAGAGAGAGGACGAAGUUGUGACGGCUCCAGCCUGGAAUAUCGCCCAGUAUGGGUACAUGGGCGGCGCGAGUCAAGGCAACCUCGGCAUCUCGUUUGGUGGCCGUCGACAAAUCACCAGCCCUGGGCCGUAUGUGCCAACUUUGGCUGAGAAGGAGAAGAAGAGGAAGGAGAAAGAGGCAGAAGAGGCACGAAAGCGGAAGGAGGAGGAGGAACGACGAAAGAGAGAGAUCGAGGAAGAGGAAAGGCGAGCCAGAGAAGAAGAGGAGCGCAGAUGGGAGGAGGAAACACUCCGUCUUAGGGAAGAAGAGAGGAAGAAGCUCGAAGAGGAAAAGAAGCGCUGGGAGGAAGAAGAGCGGCAGUGGAAACUGGAAGAGGAACGCAGACGCAAGGAAGAGGAAGAAGCUGAGGCCCGACUGCGUGCUGAGCGAGAGAAGGCUCGCAAGCAAAGGAGCAGUGGUCAGCUUCGUGGUCAGUAUCUCAGCAAGUAUCAAGAGGAGGAAGAAUUGGAGAACAAGCGACGGAUACGAGAGCUGGAGAGGCAGCUCGAGGAAGCUCGGAGACGCGAGGCCGAGUAUGAAAGAGCAAGGCAAGAGAGAUUUGGGCGAGCUGGGCUCAAGGCAGACGAGCGAAAGGCGCGGUCUCGCUCUCGGAGCCGGCCCCCGCCGCAGUCACCGGGAGUCGCUAGGCAAGACUCGUGGAGCGUGCGCGACGAGGCCAAAUUUGUCUCGACCCCCGUGCUGCUGCGGGAGAGACAGCAGGAAGAGCUGGCUAAAGCCGCCAUACAGUCGCCACGCCCUCUCCCAGACCCGGCAGCACUUCCCACAGCGGCCAAGCUUAAGCCACACAAAACAGGGGGCGUGGAAGCCUUGACGCCGCCGGCGCCUGCUCUCCCGCUCCGCAAGCAGCACACCGGCUCGCGUCCGCUGCCCGACCCGACCAUCUACCCACCAACCUCACCGGGGCAGCAACCCCAUGCCAGAGCAACUUCCCCUCUCCCGUCCCCGAACCAAGCCAAGUUGGCGAGGCCGAGCCCUUUCGCCCCUCGCAGCCCGCCCCAGCCCGGGGACCAGGAAGUACCCAAGACAACCUAUGCCCGCGAACUGGGCUUCUCGGCUGACGACGAAAGCCAGCGCCGUUCCGGCACACUGACAUCCUCGCCAACUAAGAAGGGCAGCUGGGCAUCUAAGUCACUCCUGGAGCGCGAGAUGGAGCUUGAGCGGCAGCGGCAGCGUGAGUGGGAAGAAGCCCAGCGUGAGACGACCCAGUUGAAGGCGAACAACCCAAGCGGCGGAGUUGAUGGCAUCGGCGGGGGCAUCGGGGGACGAUGGGAUGUGAGUCAGUGGACGGGAUACACUGGAGGGGAUAAUCAGAAUCGGGGGACGCAGGGUAUCGGGGCGAGUAGGAGGCCGAUCGUUGGGCCAAGGCCGCUGCCAGAUCCGCCAAAGUAG